CCACACAUAUAUUAAAGAAAAAUAAAUUAGCAGUAAAGAAAAUAUAGUCAAUCAAUAGGGAGAAGAGGAUAGUUGGGAUGGGACAGGACGAUAUUUAGAGCAGGAAGGGAUUUGUAUACCGGGCAGUGUGCAACCGCCAGAGCACUCAUCCACAGAGUUUUUUAGCAUUUGGGCUUUGGUAUGAGCAACAGAACAAAAAGGCACACAAAUACAAAUACAAAAAUACAGAUCUCGUCAUAAAACUAGAGAGGGAGAAGACGAUACAAGCUUUUACUUACUGUGUCAAUGCCUGCAGCCGCCUGCCUGUUUGUCUGCCUCUACUAUUUAACAAAGCUUUUUUUUUGUGGCCGCAGGAGAAUUGCCUGCCUGCAUUCUCUGCAGGUGCCAAUCCAGAGCCCUACCGAAUUUCAAUGCCGUGAGGGGGAGAACUAGAAGCCGUGCCUUUUGCAGCUCCUGCUUUUCCCCCACUUUUUAUAAUUUAUUUUGUUUGUCUUUAGCAGCCCUCCAUUUGUUUCUGCAGAUGUCUUGAAGGCGGUUUCGCCUUGAACAAGAAAAGAAAAAUACUUUACCGAAUGUUGGGAUCUGCAUGUACAAAAAAUAUAGUAUGUAAUAAUAUGUAUGUAUCAUAACUGCACGCAUUACAUAACAUUACAUUACCCACAACGUAUAUAGAGCUCUUCUUCAGAGGCCCAGGAAUGUGAUUCAAGGAGCGUCCGGCUGACGUUUAUAAAGAAAGGCUGGGAUUAAAAUAGGAUUUCUGUGUGAAGUAGUAUUGGGUUCUCCUGUAACGAUCUUGUGCUGCCUGCCCUUGGGAUUUUUCUUGGACCCCUAAAAUGGAUGUCGAAAAGGGCAAGCUUAAUAAGCUUUGGUCUGUGUGGGAUUUAUUUAAGGAUUUGAAAUGCGUUUUUGUUUAGCAGUUUGGUUGCCAUUUGGGAUCAAAGGGAAGUAAGUAGUAUUAGCUUCUGUUAUUGGAUCGACGGAUGGGAUGAACUCUCCAGCAAGUUCAGAGACGCCGCAACUCGAUCAGAGCUGGGGAUGGGAUCAUCAGCACCAUCAUCAGCAUCAGCAUAAUCAUCACCACCAGAGUGGGGGAGUGACGAUGUCUGUGGGGCUAGAACCCAGAGUAUAUCAGGACUACGACUGGGGUUCGAGUCCCAUGCUGGCAAUGAACGAUACAGAACGUAAGCCGCAGAUUAUGUCCGGAGCUCUGGUUGACAGUCACAGUCAGAGUCACAACAACAUAGGGCAGUACAAUGGGAACGGAGGUCAUGUAAAUCUGAAUGUUGUUGCUUUGAAUGGAAUGCUUUCUUCCCGUAUGUCCCAUGAUAGCAUCAUAGCUGCUGCUGCUGCAGCACAGCAGCCCAAUAAUCCUCUGGCUAGUUUGCUAAGUACCAGAGGGUAUGGAGGUGGCCCUGGGCAUCAUGUACUGGAGGGGAUUCGAUCCUCGUCUUGUCUGUUCGGGAACGGUCACAAUGUUUUCACUGGGUACAACGGCUGCAGUGAUUCACGGGCGGGUCUGGAAGAGCAGAGGCACCAUCUCCUAGGAAUGAUGAGUAUGGACCAAAAGAGUAUCUUCCACAACAUUGUGAAGCAUGAGGAUCUCUGCGCAGGAGAUUUCCAGGCGAGAAUCGGGCUCAACUUAGGGGGUAGGACAUAUUUUUCCACAGAAGACAAUAUUGUGAACAGGCUAUACAAAAGGGCUCGGGCUAUUUCCCCCGGCUCGCAGGUGCCCAGAUGUCAAGCAGAGGGUUGCAAGGCGGAUUUAAGUAAUGCCAAGCACUACCACCGGCGCCAUAAAGUAUGCGAAUUGCACUCCAAGGCGCCCACUGUUGUAAGCGGCGGCAUUAGCCAGCGCUUUUGCCAGCAAUGCAGCAGAUUCCAUGUCUUGGCUGAAUUCGACGAGGGCAAACGAAGCUGCAGAAAAAGGCUUGCGGAUCACAAUCGACGGAGAAGAAAACCUCAACCCAAUACCACUCUGAAUGCCUCCAAUGGAGAAGCUCCCACCGCCGCUGUUUCGCCUGUGAAGGCCGCUGAAGCCGAUCAUGACACCAAUAGCGGAAGCAAUCAGUCAAAUGUGCACUCAGAUUCCAUUCCGAGGACAGAAGCGCAGGCUUUGCUUACUGGAAUUUCUCUAUCUCCAUCGUUACCUCUGGUUCUGCACAACGGCAAUGCGAAAGAACAGUAUUUGCAACAGUCCAGUCCAAGUCUGUCUCGAAGUGAAAUGGGUAUCGACUAUUCGAGGCAAACCUCAGCGGAAAAGUACAACGGGCUCGAAAUUGCAAUUCCAUGGCUGAAAUCAGCAGAUUCGGGCUCUGAAUUCGGUCGAUCUGAGAAGAACAACAGUCCCAGUGGUGGGCAAGUUUCAGAAUCUGGAGCAAGCACUUCUCCUGUUCAGGUCUUUUCAUCCAUUCAAAGCCUUCUCCCCAAUCUGCAAUCUUCUGCAGAACUCGGGAGCUCAGAAUGGAUGAUGAGCGGUAACCUGCCGGCCGGCUCCAAUAAUGCUCGGAACCAGCAGCAUUAUGGAUCGGCUGAUCUCAACCUUCAGGCCAAUUUUGAAGGCCAGCAUAUGCUUAGCUUGCAAGAGAAAAAUGUGGGUGAUGGAAGAGGCCGCCAAAAUGCUCAGAAUGCAGUGGAGUAUUUGUCACAAGGAGGAUUGAACUCCAAACCUGCAGUAGAUGGGCAUUCCGAGGGCUUCUCGGGGAUCCAAUCGUUCAGAUCUCUUGGGCAGUCAAUGUAUCAGAACAUUUUGUGAAUCGGGAGGAGGCAUUAAAGCACCCGGUUAAAUAUCAUUCAAGAUAGUAUUCAGGUUUUCCCCUAGGGCAUAUUUACUACUUUAUUCUGAUUUCCAGAUAUUUUCAUUGGAAAUAGCGAAAAUUAGGAGACAAGCUUUAAUGGCAGCACUGCCUGUAUAGGAUUUUAUUUCACUUAAGAGUUCCUAUAUAGCUCCGCACAUAUUCUCAUU